AUGCCACCUAAUUUACCUUCAAAAUCUCCUUAUACGUCUCCAACUUUGUCUCCGUCAAAUUCGAUAUCAUAUUCAAUGUCUCCUCAAAUGCCACCGAAUUCGACAUACUCAAAGUCUCCUGUAAUGUCACCUAAUACAUAUGUAAAAUCAGAUACUAGCCCUUUAACUCUUCUCAUUGAAACAGAAGAGGAAUAUUUAGUUGAUCUGAAAUGUUUAUUACAGCGAGUUACUGCAAGUUGGAAUGGUGACAAUCCGCCUCCAAAGAAAUUAGAUAAUAUGUUUUGUUUAGCUGAUAAGAGACUUAAAAAAAUUAAACAAGAUCCACAAUCAGCGGAAAGUCUUGUCGACGUAUUAGUGAAUUGGAUUGAUAGAAUGGAAAAACCAUAUACAAGCUAUUGCCAAGGUUAUAUACGAGGCAUUGAGUCAUUACCUGAGAUUGAAGGAAAUAUAGCUUUGCAACAAACUUUGAAUGAUAUUUCAUCAGAAAAGAAUCAACUCAAAACUUUAAAUUUCUUUUUUGAAUUGCCGUUAAAGAGAAUUAAUUAUUAUAAAAAAUUUUACACACGUCAGCUUAGGAAUUCGGAGCCUGGAAGCUCAGAAAAUACGCAUUUUACAAAUGCAAUUAAACGCAUUGAUUUACUUAUUGACAUAGGAAAACGAGCCAGGAGCUCGCAAAACUCAAAUAAUGAAUUACCAGUAUCACAAACUAAUCAACCUUCAACUCCACCUGAUAAUUCGCAAAUUGAUACAGACUAUUCUGAUUCUCCAGAAUCACCUCACCAGGUGAAAAACGUUUGGACAUUACCAGAAUUAGAAGUUAGUUUGGAUACAACAAGAACUGCGGAUUUUGUCACGAAAAAACCAAAGCAAAUCAAAAUUGAGUUUCUUCCUCCACGUCUUCCAUUUAAUCGUGAAAUAAUUCUUAAUGCUGACUUUACAAUAUAUGAAGAUAAUGAAUCAGAUAGUUUUAUCAGGGCACACAUAUUUUUAUUGACAGAUCUCUUGCUAGUCUGUCAAAGAUUAAGCCCAAAAGAAAAACAAAUCAACCCUAAUAAGGAAUUUUAUUUAUUACAUCCACCAUUUAGUGGAAGAUAUUUAUCUAUAAAUGACAAUCAUGUUGGAAACGAAGAAUCAAUUCGAUUAAAUUUUAUGCAAAAAAAGGAUUUGGUAAUUUUGACAGAGGAUCGUGAACAAAAGGAAAGGUGGUUACAAGAACUUUACAAGAUGAUAGAUUUUACUGUUCAAGCUGCUAAUUCAAGAGCUUCAAUGAACUCUGGGCCAAAUUCGCCAAAUCAUGGGCCAAACUCACCAAAUAUGCAUGGGCCAAAUUCGCCAAAUAUGCAUAGUUCACAAAAUAUGUCAAAUUCGCGACUCUCAGCACCUCAAAACCCACAGAGUCCACCAUUUUCAUCUGCACAAACACCACACAUUAAAAAAAGUUUAAGUACUGGUAAUCUACCAGCAGUUAAUCGACCGCAACCUCCAACAGGACAUCAUAUGUCACAUCCUAAUUAUGGGCCAAAUGAGUUAAACAUUACACAGUAUGAAAGAUUUCCACGAACAGCAUCGAUGCGGUCGCAAGAUGAAUUAAAUGUUCCACAAUAUGAAAGAUUUCCACGAACAUCAUCAAUGCGAUCGCAAGAACGUCUAAGAGAAGUAGAACAGACAGUUACUCGAUUAAUUGAAGCAAAAUGUAAAGUAUUUUUGCAAAAAGAUCAUGGGGUUUGGAAGAAUUUUGGAUGGGGGGAUAUGACUUUAGAUUUAGAGUCACCAUCACGAAAGAAAAGAAUUAUGAUCGAUAUAGAUAAACCAAAAGUAGCAAGAUUUGUAGAUGCAAUUGUUUCUGAAUCAGGAGUUCAGAAAACAGGAAAAUGUAAAGUAGCAAUUACAGUACCAAAUAAUAACUCACCUGUGCCAAGUAUUUAUAUGAUGCAAAUGAAGGAUGAUAAUAUUGCUAACAAAGU